AUGACGACGCUCGAGCACGCGCGCAGUGUCCCGUUCGCGGGCAUGGCUUGGGACUCACUGACGGACUUGUGCGCCGUCUCGGAGAUUAUGGAGGGCGGCGACUUACGCGCGUUGCUGAGUGUGUGUGAAAACACCACAGGCUUCGAGCUCAGCAAGUUGACGAUCGCUCGGAACGCGGCGUACGUGCUCACGUGCCUCCACUCGCUUGAGACUUAA